GCGGGGCGGCUCCCGUCGUGCCGCGCGCGGGGGCGGGGCCGGCGGGCCGGGGCGUCCGCCAUAUUGGGAAGCGCUGGGGCCGGCGGAGACUGACAGGAGGAGGCGGAGCGGGGCCGGGCCGGGCCGGCCGGGCGGGCAGCGGACUAAUUACUGGUUGGACUUAAUGAACAUAAAUUCCUGAGCUCCCCAGUCCCUCUGCUUUCCACCAUGGACCAAGAUUACGAGAGACGACUCCUGCGCCAAAUCAACAUACAGAAUGAAAACACGAUGCCUUGUGUAUCAGAGAUGAGAAGAACCCUGACACCUUCCAAUUCUCCAAUGUCUUCUCCUAGCAAGCAUGGCGACAGAUUCAUUCCCUCAAGAGCUGGGGCCAACUGGAGCAUCAACUUCCACAGAAUAAAUGAAAAUGAAAAAUCACCAAGUCAGAACAGAAAAGCAAAGGACGCUACAUCAGACAAUGGCAAAGAUGGCCUUGCCUACUCUGCCUUGCUGAAGAACGAACUCUUAGGAGCAGGGAUUGAGAAAGUGCAAGACCCACAGACAGAAGACAGGAGGCUGCAGCCGUCCACCCCGGAAAAGAAGUCGCUCUUCACUUAUUCGCUCAGCACAAAGCGCUCUAGUCCAGAUGAUGGCAACGAGGUCUCACCAUAUUCCCUGUCUCCUGUCAGCAACAAAAGUCAGAAGCUGUUAAGAUCACCUCGAAAACCAACGCGGAAAAUCUCAAAGAUUCCUUUCAAAGUGCUGGAUGCCCCAGAGCUGCAGGAUGACUUCUACCUGAACCUGGUGGACUGGUCCUCUCUUAACGUCCUCAGUGUUGGCCUUGGGACUUGUGUUUACCUGUGGAGCGCUUGUACCAGCCAGGUAACCCGACUGUGCGAUCUCUCUGUGGAAGGAGAUUCUGUAACGUCUGUGGGCUGGUCGGAGCGGGGGAACCUGGUAGCAGUUGGCACUCACAAGGGCUUUGUACAGAUCUGGGAUGCGGCUGCGGGAAAGAAGCUCUCCAUGCUGGAGGGGCACACAGCCAGAGUGGGUGCCUUGGCGUGGAACGCGGACCAGCUGUCUUCUGGGAGCCGGGACAGGAUGAUCCUCCAGCGGGACAUCCGCACCCCGCCCCUGCAGUCCGAGCGGCGGCUCCAGGGCCACAGGCAGGAGGUCUGUGGGCUCAAAUGGUCCACAGACCACCAGCUGCUGGCCUCUGGAGGGAACGAUAACAAGCUCCUCGUCUGGAAUCACUCCAGCCUGAGCCCCGUCCAACAGUACACUGAGCAUCUUGCGGCGGUAAAAGCCAUCGCCUGGUCUCCGCACCAGCACGGGCUCCUCGCCUCGGGUGGCGGGACGGCCGACCGCUGCAUCCGCUUCUGGAACACGCUCACCGGGCAGCCCCUGCAGUGCAUCGACACCGGGUCACAAGUGUGCAACCUGGCCUGGUCCAAACACGCCAACGAGCUCGUGAGUACCCACGGAUACUCGCAGAACCAGAUUCUCGUCUGGAAAUACCCCUCGUUAACUCAAGUAGCAAAGCUAACGGGGCACUCGUACCGAGUCUUAUAUCUGGCAAUGUCCCCUGACGGGGAGGCCAUAGUUACAGGAGCUGGAGAUGAGACCUUGCGCUUCUGGAACGUCUUCAGUAAAACCCGCUCAACGAAGGAGUCGGUAUCCGUUCUCAACCUCUUCACCAGGAUACGAUAAACCCCCCGCACUGCGCCCCAGGAGACAACAGCCUGGCAUACCAGGAUCUACCACUACCUUGGUGUGCAUGGAACCCCGGACCACCAGCCAGAGGGAGGGAGUGCCGGAGGGGCUGGAGGACGGACCCAGCGGAUGCUCAUUAAACACAUGCUUGCGAACCACACUCGGCAGUAUUUGGGAUGGGGGAGGGAGCUGCCAAAGGUUUACGGAUUCAUCCUGCAUAAAGGGAAAGGGGUAAAAGAGAAACGUCAAACCAGCAUCCUCCAACCCUCGUACUGGAGAAAACACGUGACGUGGACCAUUGCGACCGGAUCGAGGCCAUCCCAUCUGCUGCGUUUUCCCCUCCUGGGAGAGACGCGCGUGUCCUUGGCUCUGUGGGAAGGUUCCAUGUGCUGCUUGUCCCUCGGUGCUGGGGGACGGCUCUGCGGGCAGGACCAGCCGGACUUGCGGGAUACAACUGGUGCAAGGGGCUGGACUCCAGGCGGGGCCUUGGCCUCUCUGGUCGUCCAAGGGCAUUGUUUACAGCCUGCCAUCCCCAUUACACGAAGAAACUGGAGAAACGCUUAUUUUCCUUUUUUUUUCACUAGGUACUGUAGUACUCGAUACAAUCAUUCCCCUACGACAGCUUGAUUUUGUUGGCAUGUUUGACAGCUGCCUUCAAACAUACAUUUUUUUGAGCUCUAAACUUGGGAGGAGACUUGAAGAGGCUCCACCUCGGAGGGAGCGCAUUCAGAAAGUUCUGAAGUUGCUGUUGCAUGUUCUGGUGUGAUCCUUAGUUAACCGAGAGGAGCAACAAUGGCUUGGAAAGAAUGAAAAGCCCGAGCGCCGUGCGUGCGGAGCUCCCGGGCGCGUUUGGGGCGGGCUGGUGCCCCUGGGGUCCUCCCCGGGACAAAAGCAGUUGAGAUGUGUUUGAGAAACCAAACAACGCGGGUGGAUGUGUUUUCUGGAGGGAGCGUGGCCUCUUCUGGCUGGAAGGGGGGACAGCGUGUCGGAGCGAGAGCGGGGGCUCUUUCUCUAAAGCGAGGAGGAAGGGUUGAUUUUUCAGUCUCCACAUCAGAGCCAGGGCCCUGUUGAUGUUUGGUUUUGGUUUGUUGGGGUUUUAUUUGUUUCUUUGUUUUACGUUAGAUGGUGAGAGUGCCUGCUUGCGUGCUGAGUGCCAUGGGAUGCGAUGCAAAGCACUUGUGUGUAUGUGUUGCUUUUAGUUUAAAGAGAAGCUGUUUGGCCGCAGCGCGUUCUGUCCCGUGCCCACGCUGUCCCCGCUGUGCCCGCUCCUGGACACGCCUGCUGCUUCCUGCCCUCGUUGGGGUUUUCCUGGCCGUGUAUAUAGACCUUGACCCGUUCUCUGCAGAGUGCAAAGGCGAUGCUUUUCUCUCUUUUCCUCCUUUCCCUGAAGCCAGACUGAGGGCCGGUUGUAGCAACACAGCUGCCUUUCCCCAGUGCCACCAGUAUCCUCCGGGUGAGCCGGGCAGCGAGGUGCCGUGUUACCGCAGCCGUGACCGCGUGUGCCGCUCCGCCAGCGCCGGGCUCUCGGUGCUGGUUCUGCCUGUCGCAGGUACCGGUGGCGCUGGGAGGAGCCGGUGUGCCGGGAGCUCGCCAGGCUGGCACCGCCGAGUCCCCACUGGCAGCCCAUCCUCUCACCAGCAUCACUUGCCUCUGAAAUGUAAUUUCAAUGUAAUUUCUGAAGAGCCGGUUCCACACAACCACUUUAUUGUAGUUCUGGCCACGUGGGGCUUGGUGUCAAAAUCACCUGGUGGGCUCCCAGCCCCCUCCUGGCUGCUUGUUACACUCACUGUCACCGCUGAACCUGAGCGUUGCGAAGGACCGCUGCAGAGCACUGGGGAGGUGUCAGCAUUCCGUCAGGUGAUGGAGUUGACUCGCGGGUUUGAAGUGAAGGAUGAGCUGAGCAAGCUGCGGUCUGUCACGGGUGUCUGUCCCGGCUGCCAUGGCCCCGUCGGGCAGCGGAGCCCGGGGACCGGGGUGUUCUCACCAGGGCUGGGGGUGGGUGGGGAUUGUCUUGUCUGUUGUGGAUUGUCUCCUGCCUGAAUCCCGACAUUCAGACCCCCAGGAGAUGCCGCUUUCUCCUCAAGGGAGAAUUUGGUGGUUGAGGUGUGGGACACGAGGUCCCAGCCGUGCGGUGCUUUCACACUGUUUGUGCCCACACUGGAGCGGGUGGAGGGAGCCGGGCAGUGAGCGCAGCGCUGCUGGGGACGGGUGGCGGCUGGCGGGCAGGGGGACGGCUUUGCUUCUCACCCCACACACGGGCACGUUCCCUGGAGGAGCCCCGUGCGCUGCCGGGACAGUGGCAGUGUGGUGGGUGCCACAGCUCGGUGCUCGCUGCUCUCCCGGUGCCCCUCGCGCCCUCUCCCCGGCCAGGGACUUUCACAAACCACCUCUCUCACUUUUCUCACGUUGGAGCUGCCUCGGGCGCAGGUCGGCUCACCCCGACUCUCUCCUCACCCUUGGCAGGGCGGGCUGGCGAUGUCCAGGCCGCGGCCCGUCUGCAGCCGAGCUGGUUGGCUCAUGAGCGUGGCAAGAAGGAGCUGUCGUGGUGAGCUUUGCUGGUGAAGCGCGGCACAGGCUCCUUCCCUGCCCCGCUCCACGGAGCUCCCCGGCGGCGGCGCCGGCCCUGGGGCUGUGCCGGGUCUCGCUCAGGCAGGUGCUGCAGUGCUGGGGCUGCUGUGGCGGUUUGGUGGGGACAGGAGGCUGGUGUCGGCUCGUGUGUGCGCUGUGUGGUCUGUAAGCGCUGAACCGUGCGGGUUGAGCAAAGGGUCCUCCCAGAGUUUGUGUGGUAAAGUCUGCGACCUCGUGGCGUUGUUAUAUAUGAAGCAUCAUAUGUUGGAAAAAAAAAAGGCAUUGUAACUUUUCCAUGUUAAAGCAAUUUAACUGGCAUUAAACAAGUUGUGAAUUUA